UUAACAUUUUACACAAAUCUUUUCUUUUUGUCAAGGAUUUUUAAUUUUAACUUUAACUCACAAUUUUUUCUAAAUUUUAUUUUUUAUAUGAGUACAAACAACAAUAAAAAUAAAAAUCAAGAAUUUAAUACUCAAGGAAACUUUAGUCGGAAUAUUCCAGAAAUUCAUUCCCCCCAACCAACUUCUCCAUUAAUUACAUUACCUGGGGCAGCAAAAAGAAAAUCUUCGGGAGGAAUUUCGAAUAAAAUGGAAAAUUUUUGUUUUGUUGAUUAUGAAGAGGAGGAGGGGGAGGGUGAUGGACCUAAACCAAAACAAAAACGUUAUGAAGAUAAAAUGAGUGCAAAAUUAGAUAAUAUACAUUUAAUUGAAGAUUUUGGACAACAAAAACAAAAUAAUAAAGGGAAAAGUAAAUCAACAUUUUCUGCUUCUUUGGAACAAAUUAGUCAACCAAAAAUUGUGGAAAUUGUUGAAUGGGAUUCUGAAUUACUUGAUGAAGAAGCUUCUUUGCCUAUUAUUGAAGAACCUAACGAAGAAAAAAAUUUGGAAUUGAAGAAAGAAACAGAAGAAAAAGAAGACAAUUACAAUUCUGAAGAGGAUGACGAUGAUUUAGAAAAUGAAGAUGAAGAUCAGAAAAUUAUUCUUAGCGAAAAACUUCGUCAAUUUAUUUAUGAGGGAAAUGAAAAGGAUUUUGCUCUUUUACCAAAGCCAAAAUCUAAAAUUAUUGGAAAUGAAUUAAUUUUAUUUGUCCAACCUUCUAUUUCUUCUCUUUUAUUCAAAAAUUCAUCAAAACCACAAAUUGAAGAAAUUAAUAUUGGACAAAAUAAUAAUAUUGUUGAAAUGGGAGAAGAAGUAGAAGAGAAUUUUUUGGAUUUAAAAUCAUCAAUCCAAAGCAAAGAAAAUUGUUUAAAGGAAGGAAGAGAUGAUAAUUUUGAAGAAAUGGAUAUUGGUUGA